UCGCUGUUUCCAUCCGGGUCACGUCGGUCUUCCGGGUUUUUCCGAUAGGGCUUUCUACGCCUCUUUUUUUCGGUUACUUUUUGGUCUUCCGUCUCUUGCCACCGCCCCCGAUCUCCCACACCCUUGCCGGCCCUGCCUUUUCUUAUGUCGCUCCUCCCUGCUGCCACGGCCGAGGCUUAGCGCUCAGCCCGGAGCCAGGCCUACCCAUUCCGCGUGGGCACUACCUCCUUUGGCUCGGGAGGAAGCUAGGACCAAGCGCGUCAGGCCGUCACUCCUCCGGCCCUGGAGCUCCUGGGCUGGGGGUGCUGGCCGACCCUCCUGCGCAGUCCUUUCCCGAGGACACUUGUGAGUUAGCGGGUUUCAGAGAGGGAAGCCUCGGUGUAGGCCCGUUUGGGGGGCGCGGGGCGGGGCGCCGCGGCGCGCCGGAAACUUUUUAGAAAACUAGUGUUUCGUGUGGGAGGUUCCGGCGGUAUCUCCUCAAUUUCCCAGAGGUUUGGGCGGCCCCCGGACUGCUGACUUGCUGAAGAAUCUUAGGAACUGUGACGUUCUUCACUCAUUUGUCUUCCUCGCGUCCCGUCCUCAAGUCUAGGACCAGACGAGGAAGAGUGUCUCGGGACUCUGCAUGGGGUUUCAAAGGGUGGUGAAGAGCUAAGGUAGAAGAAUACAUGUUCUCUAUUAGUGAACAAGAGCAUGUUCCCAAACUCAAUUUUGGGUCGCCCGCCUUUCACUCCAAACCAUCAACAACAUAAUAACUUCUUCGCCCUGUCACCAAGUCUUUAUUCACACCAGCAACUUAUAGAUGCACAAUUCAGCUUUCACAAUGCAGACUUGUCUAGAGCUGUGUCAUUACAGCAGUUGACAUAUGGAAAUGUCAGUCCAAUACAGACCUCAGCUUCCCCAUUAUUUCGAGGAAGGAAGAGAUUAAGCGAUGAAAAGAAUCUUCCUCUUGAUGGUAAACGGCAGCGUUUUCAUUCACCCCACCAAGAGCCAACUAUAGUUAACCACAUAGUGCCUUUAUCAGAUGAAAGAAGAUACUCAAUGUCACCAUUGUUUCACACACACUAUGUACCAGAUAUAGUCAGAUGUGUUCCACCUUUUCGAGAAAUAUCAAUUUUAGAACCUAGAGAAAUCACACUGCCUGAAGCCAAAGAUAAGUUGAGUCAGCAGAUACUGGAGUUAUUUGAAGCAUGUCAGCAGCAAGUAAGUGAUUUAAAGAAGAAAGAACUCUGUCGAACAGAACUUCAGAGAGAAAUUCAACUGUUAUUUCCACAAAGCAGACUUUUUUUAGUUGGGUCGUCUUUAAAUGGAUUUGGUACUCGGAGCAGUGAUGGUGACUUAUGUCUAGUUGUUAAAGAGGAACCAGUAAAUCAGAAGACUGAAGCACGGCAUAUACUCACCUUAGUCCACAAACACUUCUGUACUAGACUUUCUAGUUACAUUGAGAGACCUCAGUUGAUUCGAGCAAAAGUGCCAAUUGUGAAGUUCAGGGAUAAAGUCAGUUGUGUGGAGUUCGACUUGAAUGUAAACAAUAUUGUUGGAAUAAGAAACACAUUCCUUCUCAGAACUUAUGCAUACCUUGAAAAUCGAGUUCGUCCGUUAGUACUGGUGAUUAAGAAGUGGGCCAGUCACCAUGAUAUAAAUGACGCCAGUCGCGGUACUUUAAGCAGCUAUAGUCUUGUACUGAUGGUUUUGCACUAUUUACAAACCUUACCUGAACCCAUCCUUCCAUCCAUCCAAAAAAUUUACCCAGAAUCUUUUAGUCCUUCUGUACAGUUGCACCUUGUACAUCAAGCGCCAUGUAAUGUUCCUCCUUACCUCUCAAAGAAUGAAUCAAACCUUGGGGACCUCUUACUGGGCUUUCUGAAAUAUUAUGCUACAGAAUUUGACUGGAAUAGUCAGAUGAUUUCAGUUCGUGAAGCCAAAGCCAUUCCCAGGCCUGAUGGUAUUGAAUGGAGAAGUAAAUACAUCUGUGUAGAAGAACCUUUUGAUGGAACAAAUACAGCAAGAGCUGUGCAUGAAAAACAGAAGUUUGAUAUGAUCAAGGAUCAGUUUUUAAAGUCAUGGCACAGAUUGAAAAACAGAAAAGAUUUGAACAGUAUACUACCUUUAAGAGCUGCUAUCCUGAAAAGAUAACUGGCCUCUAUUUCUUAAUAAAGAACAGUAGUUACAUCAUAA